AUGUCACUCACCUCCAUUUUCCUUCUCCUCUACUUCUCUCUCUUCACCUUCCUCACCACUCACUCCAAACCCCAUCUCCCUUCCCCAUACCUCUCACCCACCACAAUCUUCCCAAACUACCAAAACAUGCUCAAAUCUUUCAAAAUCUUCAUCUACAACCCUAACACGCCCUUCACCUUCAACUCUCCAUCUCAGUCCCUCUUCUACACCACUCUGACUCUCCAAGAUAGCGCCUUCGUCACCCAAGACGCCGAGCAAGCCCACCUCUUCUUCGUCCCCUUCCCUUCCGAUCUCUCCACGCGCUCCAUCGCGCGUCUCAUCAGAGGCCUUCGCAAUGAUCUUCCCUACUGGAACCGCACCCUCGGAGCUGACCAUUUUUACCUGUCCUGUGCCGGUAUCGGGUACGAAUCGGACCGAAAUCUCGUCGAGCUCAAGAAAAACUCGGUCCAGAUCUCGUGCUUUCCGACGCCGGCCGGUAAGUUCAUACCUCACAAGGACAUUUCCCUCCCUCCGCUCGCGAGCUCUCACGCACCAACAAACAAAACGACGAGGUUUUUGGGCUACGCCAGGUUCAAUUGGCUAAAGGAGUCAACGUUGGUCAACGAAUUGAGCAGCGACCCGGAGUUUCUGAUCGAAUCCGAACCGUCGGAUCUGAAUUCUUAUGCGGAGAGAAUCGCCAGCAGUAAGUUCUGUUUGUUCGAGUAUGGAGGAGGCGACGUUUCGGGUAUCGGCGAGGCGUUGCGUUUCGGGUGUGUGCCCGCGGUGGUUACUGACCGUCCGAUACAGGACCUGCCGUUCUCGGACGUGCUGAGGUGGCAGGAGAUCGCGGUAUUCGUGGAACGUAGAGAGGUUGGGGAACUAAAGCGUGUGCUGGCUCGCACGUGUGGGGACCGGCAUGAGAAAAUGAAGGGGUUGGGCGUGACUGCGAGUCGGCAUUUUGUGUGGAAUGAGACACCGCAGCCGUUGGAUUCGUUUCAUACGUUGAUGUAUCAGCUGUGGUUGAGACGGCACACCAUCAGAUACGUGCGGAGAGAAUCGGCUUAG